AUGAAGGCUCUGGGGUUUGAGAUAACGAAGCAGCAUAUCAUGGAUGUUAUGAAACAGUUUGACCCACAGAAUACGGGUUAUAUUAGUUUCAAUGACUUUAUUACGUUAAUGACUGACCGCAUCACGUCACGCGACCCGAUGGAGGAGAUUGCUCUGGCGUUCAAGUUGUUUGAUGAUGACGACUCGGGUCUAAUUACUUUGGACAAGCUUAAGAGAGUUGCGAUGCAGCUGGGCGAAGACCUCACAGACGAAGAACUGAAGAGUAUGAUCGAAGAAUUCGAUAAGGACAUGGAUGGAUGCAUCGACCAGAAAGAAUUUGCAGCGAUAAUGACCCAGGCUGCAUUAUUUUAG